AUGGCACCCACCUACACCCACAAGUUUGACCACGCCGCGUUCAAGGGCGAGGUUGAGAUCCCGCUCGGACUGUUCAUCAACGGAGAGCACGUUGAGAGCAAGGAUGGCAAGACGAUUGACACCAUCAACCCCACCACCGGCGAGGUCAUCUGCUCCAUCGUCGAAGGUACCGCCGCCGACGUUGAGAUUGCCGUCGAUGCCGCCCGUGAGGCGUUCGAGAACACCUGGGGCUACAACACCCCCGGCUUCGAGCGUGGCAAGCUCCUUAUGAAGAUCGCGACUCUCAUGGAGCGUGACGCCGACAUCCUAGCCUCCAUCGAGUCUUUGGACAACGGAAAGGCCUUCACCGCUGCCAAGUACUUUGACGUGACCGAGUCUGCCGCGACUUUCCGAUACUACGGUGGUUGGGCCGACAAGAUCCACGGAAAGACCAUCGAGCAGUCUACUGGCAAGUUUGCGUACACCAAGCACGAGCCCGUCGGUGUUUGUGGUCAGAUCAUCCCAUGGAACUUCCCCCUCCUCAUGUUCUCGUGGAAGAUCGCACCGGCGCUCGCUGCGGGCUGCACGGUCGUCAUCAAGCCGUCCGAGCUCACCCCGCUCACCGCCGCGUACAUGACCAAGAUCUUCCAGGAGGCUGGCGUGCCCAAGGGUGUCGUCAACGUCGUGUGCGGCUACGGCCCCACUGUCGGGAACGCCAUCACCUCGUCCAAGAAGGUCGACAAGGUUGCGUUUACUGGUAGUACCCCCGUCGGCCGCAAGGUCAUGGAGGAGGCGUCCAAGUCGAACAUCAAGAAAGUCACCCUUGAGCUCGGUGGAAAGGGCGCCAACAUCAUCUUUGAGGACGCCGACAUCUCCGAGGCCGUCAAGUACGCUGCUCAGGGUAUCUUCUUCAACCACGGUCAGACCUGCUGUGCCGGUUCGCGUAUCUUUGUCCAGCGCAAGAUCUACGACGAGUUUGCUCAGAAAUUUGCCAAGGUCACCCAGCAGCUCAAGGUCGGUGACCCGUUCGAGACUGCGACCUACCAGGGCCCUCAGGUCUCGCAGACCCAGUACGACCGAAUCAUGAACUACGUCGAGUGCGGCAAGCAGGAGGGCGCGACCGUUAUCACCGGCGGUAAGCGCCACGGAAAGACUGGAUACUUCAUCGAGCCCACCAUCUUCGGCGACGUCACCUCCAACAUGAAGAUUGUCCAAGAGGAGAUCUUUGGCCCCGUCGUCGUCAUGACCGCCUUUGACACCGAAGAGGAAGUCAUCAAGGAGGCCAACUCGACCAACUACGGUCUCGCCUCGGCCGUCUUCACCCAGAACCUCUCGCGCGCCCACACCGUCGCUGGCAAGCUCAAGUCGGGUACCGUCUGGAUUAACUGUUACAACGAGCUCCACCCCCAGAUUCCGUUCGGUGGGUUCAAGGAGUCGGGUAUUGGUCGCGAGUUGGGCGAGUACGCUCUCGAGAACUAUACCGAGGUCAAGGCCGUGCAUGUCAAUCUUUCGGCCAAGUGCGGUUUCCCCGUCGAUGUGUAG